AUGUUCAUGGAUGCUUGGAAAUUCAAGCUGCAUACUAAAAAUAUCCAGUCCUAGAUAUCAACAGGUAAACACUGACAUUUUCUUUUUUGCCUGAUGCUAUAAAUAUGCUAAACUUUCUUGAGGCAAAUAGAUGCUUCUGACAGAAUAAGGAAGAAGUUAAAUAUAUGUAAAGAUAUGCAAAAAAGGAAAGUAUGUUAUAUUUUAAAAAGUAUUCCCUCAUUAAAACAAAAAUUUUUGGAAACAAAAAUUUAAAAAUGAGACUUGUAUGACUACCUUUCCUUGGGAUUCAAUUUAUGGUUUAGAUCUGAAAUGUCUCGCAAAGGUCUCAUGUGUUUGGAUGGUGAUUGGGGUAUAGGGGGAUUAUACUCAUCAGUGGAUUCAUCCAGUGAUGUGUUAGGUAGCUGAAUGUGCUGAUCGGAUGCAGCGUCUGGUUGAAGGCAACCCAAUAGGUGCUUGCCCUGGAAGGGAUAUUCUUGUCCCCACUCCUUUUUUCUCUCUCUGCCGUGGAAUGAGCAGCUGUCUUCUAUUCAGGUCCUUCCAUCAUACCAUUUAUGCUGUGGAGCCAGCUGAACAGCUGUGAACCAAAAUAAAUCUCCUUUAAGUUGUGUGUCAAGAUUUUUUUUGGCCCAGCAAUGCUAAAAGUGACUAAGACAGAUUUUGGUACCAGAAGUGGGCUUUUUGUGCCUAUACCUGACUGUGGUUUAGAGGUCUUUGGAACUGAUUUGUAGGAAGAGUUUAGCAAAGUUUGGAAAUGUGAGCUAGAGAAGCCCUAGAAUGUUGUGAGCUGAGCUUGAUGGGUGUUUCUAGUCAGAGCUCAGAAGACCAGAAUGCUGACAGGAAUGGAGAUGGUAGUGGUCAAACUCAGAAGGUUUCAGUUGGAAACAGUGACUACAUUGGCUGUUGGACUAGAGACCAUGUACUUUACAUCCUGGCAGAAAAUUUGUCUUCAUUUUUUUCAUGCUUUGAAACUUUGUGGGAGACUAAGAUUAAGUAUGAUGGGCUAAUUAAUUCUGCAGAGAAAAUUUCAAAGCAACCCAAUAUUCGGGCUGUUGCAUGAGUACUUCCACUGCUUUUAAGCCAGCUUUACAGUGAAAGUCAAGAGAAAAAAGGAAAUGUGAAAAGUGCCAUUUCAUUAGAAAGAAAGUGUCUGGGCACACCGUUUCUGGGCUCCGCCGCGGUAAGCAUUUUGAGAGCGCUCCGUUUGCAACCCGAGAGCUCCUCAAUAUCGCCCGCUCUCAUUUCACAGCUUUCUUUCUUUGUCUCAUAACCAUGUCCACCAAUGAGAAUGCUAAUUCACCAGCUGCCCGCCUGAACAGAUUCAAGAACAAGGGGAAAGACAGCACCGAAAUGAGGCGACGCCGAAUAGAAGUUAAUGUGGAGCUAAGGAAAGCUAAGAAGGAUGACCAGAUGCUGAAAAGGAGAAAUGUAAGCUCCUUUCCUGAUGAUGCUACUUCACCACUGCAGGAAAACCGCAACAACCAGGGCACUGUGAAUUGGACUGUUGAUGACAUUGUCAAAGGUAUAAAUAGCAAUAAUCUGGAAAACCAGCUCCAAGCUACUCAAGCUGCUAGGAAACUGCUUUCUCGUGAAAAACAGCCCCCCAUAGAUCACAUAAUCCGGGCUGGUUUGAUUCCAAAAUUUGUGUCCUUCUUGGGCAGAACUGACUGUAGUCCCAUUCAGUUUGAGUCUGCUUGGGCGCUCACUAACAUUGCUUCUGGGUCAUCAGAACAGACCAAGGCUGUGGUGGACGGAGGUGCUAUCCCAGCACUCAUUUCUCUCUUGGCCUCUCCCCAUGCCCACAUCAGUGAACAGGCUGUCUGGGCUCUAGGAAACAUUGCAGGUGAUGGUUCAGUUUUCCGAGACUUGGUUAUCAAAUAUGGUGCAAUUGACCCGCUCUUAGCUCUUCUUGCAGUUCCUGAUAUGUCAUCUUUAGCCGGUGGUUACUUACGUAAUCUUACCUGGACACUUUCAAACCUUUGCCGCAACAAGAAUCCUGCACCCCCAUUAGAUGCUGUUGAGCAAAUUCUUCCUACCUUGGUUCGUCUCCUACAUCACAAUGAUCUUGAAGUAUUAGCAGAUACCUGCUGGGCUAUUUCUUACCUUACAGAUGGUCCAAAUGAGCGCAUUGAAAUGGUUUUAAAAACUGGAGUUGUGCCCCAUCUGGUGAAGCUUCUAGGAUCAAAUGAAUUAUCCAUUAUGACUCCUGCGCUAAGAGCCAUAGGGAAUAUUGUUACUGGAACAGAUGAACAGACUCAGAUUGUAAUAGAUGCAGGAGCACUCGCUGUUUUUCCCAGCCUGCUUGUUCACCCCAAAACUAAUAUUCAGAAGGAAGCUACCUGGACAAUGUCAAACAUCACAGCCGGCCGCCAGGACCAGAUACAGCAAGUUGUCAAUCAUGGAUUAGUCCCGAUCCUUGUCAGUGUUCUCUCUAAGGCAGACUUUAAGACACAAAAGGAAGCUGUGUGGGCUGUGACCAACUACACCAGUGGUGGGACAGUUGAACAGAUUGUUUACCUUGUUCAUUGUGGGAUGAUAGAACCAUUGAUGAACCUCUUAACUGCCAAAGAUACGAAAAUCAUUCUUGUUAUUCUGGAUGCCAUUUCAAAUAUCUUCCAGGCUGCUGAGAAAUUAGGUGAAACGGAGAAGCUUAGUAUAAUGAUCGAAGAAUGCGGAGGUUUGGACAAGAUUGAAGCACUGCAGAACCAUGAAAACGAGUCUGUGUACAAGGCCUCCUUAAACUUGAUUGAGAAGUACUUCUCAGUAGAGGAAGAAGAAGAUCAAACUGUUGUGCCAGAAACUACCUCUGAAGGCUAUACUUUCCAAGUUCAGGACGGGGCUCCUGGUUCCUUUAACUUCUAGGUGUACAGCUGAGGGGGGCAUCAGUCUUUGUCAUGUACUGUGUUCGGUAUAAGUUUGUCUGUUUCUCUUACAAACUCUUUCUUUUCAAUGUGGUUUGUCAUUGUAGCACUUUUUACAACGAAACUAUACUUGAACAGUUCCAAACUGUACAUACUGUAUGAAGCUUAUCCUCUUAAGGGGUUUCUUAUUUCUAUAUGGAACUUCAUAUUUUGCAGUGCCCUGUAAAUAAAGAUUAAAUUCCA